AUGACCAUUCCGAGCCACACGGAGCAUGGGUGCUGGGGUGGCCGGAUUCGAUGGAGUAAGGACUCGCUUUCUCCCACAUAUUGCCUUGAGAGCUUGGGCUCACGCCACUCGCAGCAAGCGGCGCAGUAUGACCAGCUGGGCAAGUAUGUGGACAAGUAUGCGCCGUAUGCCAAGGGGGGCAACUUCUCGGUAGAGCUCGUCAACAACGGGACGAACCCUCAGGGCGAGUAUGCCAGCGGCGAGGCCAACAUGGACGUGCAAAUCACAGUUUCCAUGGCCUUCAGAGUGCCAGUCCGGUUUUACGCCACGAGGGGAGAGGAACACGGAUUCAUGCCCGAUUUGGACAUCCCUGACCCCAAAUAUCAAUGCCUCGAGCCGUGGCUGCAGUUUGCCCGCCACUUGUUGGAUUUGCCCGACGGCCACCUCCCCCAGGUCAUGUCUAUAUCGUACGGCGGCAAUGAACAGACGGUGCCGAAGCCGUAUGCUCUGAGGAUCUGCCAGAUAUUCGGGCUCGUCACGCUCCGCGACAUGUCCAUCAUCCUGGCGUCCGGGGACCAGGGACCAGGCGUUUCAUGCCAGUCCAACGACGGCACCAAGACGACCAAGUUUCUGCCUGCUUUCCCGGCUGGGUGCCCCUACGUCACGGUGGUUGGUGCCACCGAGGGGAACGCCCCAGAGAGGGGCAUCAACUUUUCCUCGGGGGGUUUCUCGGAAUACUGGCCCAGACCCUGGUGGCAGGAGGCGGCCGUGUCGCGGUACCUCGACGUGCACGGAGACAAGUGGAAGGGGUACUACAACCAGGCUGGCCGUGGCUUUCCAGAUGUGUCUGCACAAGGCACAGGAUAUCCUUUUUUCAACCACAACAAGACGGCGCGCGGCGGAGGCACCAGAGUGAGACGUGGAAUAUUCAUUCCCGCAAACCCCCCCACCGCAUCAAAAGCCAACUUGGAUGAGAAACUGACGCCCGGAGGUUGCAGCAUCACCCACGGCAGAUCUGAAGGCUGCAAAGGCAGAAGCUUCAGCGGCGCAGAAGCCCCCGUGAUUCCUGGAGCAGGGUGGGAUGCUGUAGAGGGAUGGCAUCCGGCUACCGGGCUGGGAACACCUUUGUUUGAUGAGUUGCAAAAGUUGGCGAUGGAAUCAGGCACGGCGUAG